UGGGCCUGUUUACUAUUAAACACUGUGCUCUCUCCAGUUAGCCUAAAUAUUUACAUUAUUUUUCAGCAAAUUCAUCAGAAAAUCUCUCAAAGAGUAUAGGUUAAUGUUUGAAAACAGUGACUUUACUUACAGUGUGUAGAAGAUGCAGCAUAUGUACAUCGAAACACAGCAGUAACUAAAAUUUAAAGAAAUUAAGAUUUUUAGGGGCAGGAGACAGAGGAACGCCACAGUCUGUUCAGUGUAACACUAUGACAAGACACUGAUAACACUCUAUAUACAAACGUGAGUGAGUGUAGACGUGCAGCGUGUUUGCUCAUUAGCGCAGCACUCGCUCUCUAUUGUGCCUGCUAAAAACAGUCGGAAGUUUGACAUUUUCGUCACUGGUCAGAAAAGAUGGCGAAAAGAGGUAACACCAGGCUGUUGUUAGUGAUCUGUGUGUGUGUGGCUGCGUUCAGCUGCGUCUCUGCUUCUCCAGAGGUCUGCAACAAUUCCCUUCUGCCUGGAGCUAAAGGAGAUCAAGGUGAGGUUGGAGAGGAGGGAGGUCAGGGGACACUGGGAAAAAACGGACGACCAGGACUUCCAGGAGUACCAGGAGAGAAGGGACUCAGAGGAGAGGUGGGCCACACAGGGAAGAUGGGGCAUAUUGGAGACAAAGGUGACAGAGGUGACACAGGUGUGGACGGGCCGUCUGGUCUAAAAGGGAAACCAGGCACUACAUGUGACUGUGGCAGGUACAGAAAAGUGGUCGGACAGCUGGAUAGCAAUACAGGGAAGCUCAGGAAAGCUGUUCAGUUUUUGAAAAAUGUUAUCCUGGGGUUGAAAGAAACAGAGGACAGGUACUACCUUCUUGUGAAGGAACCCAAGACUUUUAGAGAGGCAUCGAUGAACUGCAAGCUAAGGGGAGGAAGCCUGGCCAUGCCGAAAACCACCAGCACCAACCGUUUAAUGGCAGACUAUGUCAGUCGAGCAGGACUGACACGAGUUUACGUUGGAGUGCAGGCUCAACGAAAGGACACAGGCCAAACAAGCAACUAUGUUUAUGCAGACUCCAGCCCUUUGCAGGGAUUUGCACCAUGGAGCCAAGACGACGAGCUAAAUUCCACAUUAUCUUCAGCCACAAACUCCAGCUGCAUGGAACUGCUCAGCACUGGAACAUGGGGUCGCGUGGAGUGUGAGGCCACCAUGUUUUUCAUCUGAAUCAAUGACAUUUUAUCUGGACUACAACUAUUUGAUUUGUCUUCUCACUGAUGUUCCUGAGCUGUGGUCUCUGCUGGUGGCUGUUCAAACAGAGGGAGUCAAGUGUCCCAACAUGCUUAUUCAUUUUGGGUUAAACUGCAGGCUUCAGUUACUUUUGGAGUCGACACAAGUAGACUACAAACUUGGUGCAUAUGAUGAUUAAUAGGUGACUGCAGAGUUAUGACAAACUGGCAUUCGGGGUGGAGAGUAUAAGAGAGAUUAUAUGAAAACAACCAGUGGAGUCUUUGGUCUUUAUAAAUACACCCUCCAGGUCUUUAAUACCAAAUGUAUUAUCAUAGCAUAAUCAAAAAUGCUUUUAUCAGCACAUGAAGACAUGGUUCCUGUGAUCAUCAAAGAUAAUAGUUCAUUCCUUUUUUUGUACUCACCGACGCCUGCCGAGAAAUGAAUUAAAAGAUCAUCUAAAUGACUCAUUUAAAUUAUGUUUACCCUCAUAGAAAAACCAAGUACUUGAUCUCACAGAAUUACAAAUCCUGGAUUACACAGAAAGCUAGAUUUGACCUAUUUGAAUCUUUGUAGGAAUAGUGUCAAGUCAGGUUUCGUCAAUUCAUUCAGAUACAUGAAUGUUCCUUAUUUGACCAACAUUUUUCUGUCCUGUCCUUUUUUUACCUGUGAAAUUUGAAUGUACAAAUACACAAGAACAUGAAUAAGUAUAUCAAACAGGCACCAGGAUUACUUGAAGGUGUGCUGUGUAAGACUAAGUGACAUCUAGUGGUGAGACGGCCGAUUGCAUGUUUCCAAAACAUGUCAGAGUAUUGUAGCCUUCACAUACCAGAAAAGACAUAAACGCUCUAUCAAAAGUGAACUCUUCUAUUCUGUCUGCCAUUUCCUC